UCAAACCCAAUUUUGACUGAUAAUGUACCGUAUAUUGAGAAUGGAUGACGUCCCGUAAGUCCUGCCGUUAAUCCCGGAAACAUCGACGGCAUUCCGAUUGUUACUGAGUAACCAAAACUUACUGGUCAGCAAUUUCUCUAAAGCUCUGGUUCGGUGGGUAUAAGUAGACAGAAACAGUAACAAAAUGGCGGCUGUUCGGCUUUAACACGUGCAAGUAAACCUGAGUUCCUCCGUUUAUCAGCGCUUCAUGAAUUGUCAGAAUUCCACGUGAGUUACUGGAAUACGCCAUGGUGAAAUCAAAGAAAGCCGCUUUAAAGUUAGCGAGAACAUCCGGUCGCAAAAAAACCAGAGAAGUCGCAAACAAUCCUUUUGAAAUACAUACAAAUAAACGAAAGCAUGAUAUCCUGGGAAGGAAGCUUAAACACGACAAGGGAUUACCCGGGAUUUCAAGGUCAAAAGCUAUAAAGAAGAGGCAAAAAACACUCCUGGUGGAGCACAAACAGAAAAACAAGGCUAACAUGUUUAUUGAUCGUCGUUUUGGUGAAUAUGAUGAAAAAAUGUCACUGGAAGAAAAGAUGUUGAAGAGAUUUACCAUGGAAAAAAAGCAUCAUCAUGAACGCCAUGGAAAAUACAGAUUGGAGGAUGAAGAGCUCACUCACUUAGGGCAGUCACUUGGUGAAAUUGACAAGUUUGAAGAUGUGCAACUGAGUGAUGAUGAGGAUGAUGUUAUGGACAAGACAGAGGAAGCUGAUGAUGUUAGAGAGUUGCAUUUUGGUGGUUUUCUCACAAAGAAAAGAACAGAUGAUGAGCAGAUUUCAGGAAAACACAAAAGCAAGAAAGAGAUCAUGGAGGAAGUGGUCGCCAAAGCAAAGAUCAAAAAGCAUGAGCGGCAAAUGGCCAAAGAAGAGACAGUCACCUUAACAGACAAGCUGGAUCAGGAUUGGAAGAACAAGAGGAAUCUGAUUUCACUAAAGGCACCAAACACUGAAGAGGCUGUUUCCAAAGUAGAUGAUUAUGACAUUGCUGUCAGACAGUUGGCUUUUGAAAUUAAAGGGAAAGCCACUGACAGACUGAAGUCUGAACAAGAGAUUGCCAAAGAAGAGCAGAAACGACUGGAAAAAUUAGAGCUUGAGCGUCAACGAAGAAUGAGAGGUUUACCUGCUGUGGCCGAGAAACCAAAGCAUAUAUCAGCUGAUGACCUUGGUGACAGUUUCACACCUGCUCUCAAUGAAAGGGUUAUGCUUAGUUAUCAAGAUGGACCAGUGAGUGAUAUGGAAGAUCAUGAAGAGGAGGAUCAGAUAAGAAGUGAUGCUGAAAACAGUGAUGAAGAAUCUGAGGUAGAUGGAGGGGAAGAGGAAGAAGAGGAAGGGGACAAUUCUGCUGCUGGUGAUGAUAAUAAUGAUGAUGAUGAGGAGGAGGCAGAGGAUCAAGAUAGUGAAAGCUGUCAAGAAGACAAUGGUUCUGACCUUGAAUCAGAUGUGAGCAAUGAUGCUAUGGAAGAUGAGGCUGACUCAGAAAUACUAGGAAAUCAGCAGCAACAACAGGAAAAAGUGCAGAAAGAAAAGACUGAGGCAGAGGUUGUUGAGCUAACAAAAGAAGAACUACCAUUUACUUUUAAAGCACCAAAAUCUUUUCCAGAAUUCAAAGAACUCAUUAAAGGCUGGUCAUUUAAACAACAGUUGACAAUAAUUGACAGAAUCAAGGCAUGCCACAAUCCCAAGAUUACUCCUGCAAAUAAACCAAAAAUGGAGGUAUUGUUUACCACUUUGUUGGAUUAUGUCGGUGAACUCAUCCAGAUGGGCUCUGAAGGGCUCAAGAUGAUCGAUGAGCUGUCAAGACAUCUCUUUGAUGUAGCUCAGUACUCUCCGGUCCACUCCGCCAAGUGCAUGCAACAGAUUGUACAGGAUAUACACAAGAAAUUCUCACAGAACUGCGAUAGACAAGGUGGAAAAGGGAUGUUCCUGGGUCUUUCUGAGUUACUUUAUCUCCGCGUUGUAUCAAUGUUGUUUUCCACGUCAGACUUCAGACACGCUGUUUGUACACCAACUAUGGUUCUGCUUUCCCAGGUUCUUUGCCAGUGUCCUGUACGGUGCAUAAGAGAUGUACUCAGGGGUCUUUUUGUCUGCGACUUGUUUCAUGAGUUCGUAUCUCUAUCAAAGCGAUUCGUUCCUGAGGUUGUCAACUUCCUCUGUGGAAUUCUCUUUAUGGCUUCCAAGAAGGAAGGCCCUACCCCUCAGCUUGUUCUCCCAUUCAAACACUGUAGCAAAUGGCGCGACCUUCUCAAACUACAGUCAGAUUCAAGUUUUUUGACCGUCAAACCCUUACCGCUGACCACUCUCGGAGAAAGUACUGCAGAUGAAAAGACGACGGACGAAACAAGGGUUAACUCAGUACACCAUUGCUUGUCCGUUUUGCAAAAAUUUGUGGAUUUGUAUCAGGACUUACCCGCAAGUUUUGAGAUUUUUGCUCCGGUGAAAGAACAUUUACAAAGAAUACCUUUAGAUCUUUAUCCUGCUUCUGUUCAGGAAAUUCACAGCGUUCUUCUAACGAGAUUAAAUGGACUCUACGCCAAGAGCCUGAAUCGUAAACAUCUCACAUUACAAGCGCGUAAACCGGAACCUAUUAAGACAUACGAACCAAAGUUUGAGGAGCAUUAUGAGGUUCGAUCAAGGAGAGGUACUGGGAACAAGGCAACGAACGAAAAACAGAAGCUACGAUACAAAUACAAGAGAGAAUUUAAGGGCGCUAUACGAGAAAUAAGAAAGGAUAACCAGUUCCUUGCGAAACAAAAGCUGAAAGAACAGUUAGAGAGGGACACAGAACGUUUGCGUAAAGUCAAGGAAAUAGAACAUAUGCUGUCCAACCAGCAAGCAGAAACCAACGCUAUGAACCGUAAGAAAAGAAAACGGGGAAAGUAACUGGAGAAUAACCACGAGCCUUACUGGCUGGUCACGUACUCUCGCGGCAUCUCAGUCAGCGGUCAAGACUCUCUGAGAUUCUCUGAUACGAAAUUAACUUAACGACGAUAUUUCUUCUUCGGUCUCUGUGCUUGUUCUUCUCUGUCUCAUAUUGUACAACAGCAUUAUUGGUCACAACUAGCUGCAGACAGAUUUAACAACCACUGGAGUAUCAUUUUCAAUGAUUCGUUUUUGUUCACGCAUGUAAUAUUCAGUUUCGAACAUAGACUUUGAGCAACACAGCACUUGCAUCCAACGAGAAUCGAUUAGUACUCUCAGUAGGCAUUGGCCUAAACAUUUAUGAAAAUGAAGUUGUUAUAAAUAGCUUAAAAUAUUUUGAUCUCUGAAUAUGUCACAAUAUUUGUGACAAGGUUAGGGAGUCUGUUUUUGGCAUAGAAGUUGUAAGAAGCUUACGCCAUAAGGGAUGCAAAUCUUUGGAGUGUUUCUAGAAUAAAGAUCUGACCCUGCGCAACUCAA